AUGCAUGUCAAGCGACUGCCCAGCGAUGUAAUUGUAGUCAUCAUGCAGUAUUUGUCUGCACGCGAUCUUGCGGCUUUGUCGGAAACAUGCACAUCCGUGUACGACUUGGUCAGCGAGUUCGGAUGGAGCCUGCACGCCCGUCAAAACAGCCCACCGUCUUUCAGCCUUUCCAAGUCCCUCAUGUCAUGGGCUCCGUAUGCACAAGUCCGGAAAUACGAUUUAUUCGUAUGCAUUCACCGCUCGAAAGCCGGGAAUGCACCAGGGAUAGUGUUCGAGGGUGCCUAUACCACGAGCCAACGUCUGCAAGCCCAUCGUGACAUCACCACUAUGGCCUCAGUCGAAGAUGGUGGCAUGGACCAAACCGUCUAUGUCGGGUUUGCAGACGGCGCGCUAGAGCGCAUUACCCUCCCUCUCUCUGAGCCCAGGAAGCAGGGCGGCACUGCAGUUUUCAUGAACCUCUCCUCCGCGGAACCUGUUCCCGAAUUUCUCGACUUGGACUCUCGCGGUUGGUCGACCCAUCUCUCCGCGCGCAGCUCGACUCCCUACGCUGUCUUCGGCACCUCUUCCGCGGACCCGCUCUCAGUGCACGACAUCCACCCGUCCGGCCUGUCCCCCAGCCCGUCUGCCAUCCUCACCUCGGGAACGGCCGACGAGCGCCCGAAGCAGUCAGCGGUCUACGGGAUCGCGGGCGCGCCGCCCACCUCCCCAUGGGGGCACUCGGACCAGAUCAUCGUGUCCGGGUGGUACGACGGUCCUGUGCGCGUCCACGACCUUCGCUCGUCCAAGCGCGCCUACUCGUCCGACCCCUGCUGUCCGGCGCCUCUACUCCCGGUCCUCUCGAUGUUCGACCCUUGGCUCUUCGAGCCGAACUACUCCGUCUCCUGUGGUGGGGGUGCUUCUAGCUACAUCGCCGCAGGAACCGCGCGCCACAGUGUCGUCGCUCUGUGGGAUGUCCGCAACCCUUCCGCGGGGUGGAGCGUUCAUGCGCCGGGGAAUGACCCUUCUCCCGUGUACUCGGUCGUCCUCGAGAGCUCCCGUCUCUUCGGUGCGACGCAGUCACGUCCAUUUGUGCUUGAUUUCGGCCCAGAUGUCAAAGAAGAUACAUACCCGAGUCUGAAGCUCAACCACAGAGAUGAAGAGGGUCUCAAGAAGCGAGACAAGACUGGUAUCGGAUUCUACGUAACGCGAUACGACCAUAGUCGGUAG